AAGUGUUAAAAUACAGAGUUAAAACUACACUGAAAACAGUUAGAUUAACUGUUAAGGAGUCAACUUUGUAAGAGAGUUAGUGUCAUUGGCCAGUGUUUGGGACUCAACUCCUACAGUGUUAUGAAACCACGCCUCUCCUAACGUGACCUCAUGGAUUUCAGCCACAUUUCAGCAAGGUGUAGAGACGCCAUCUUUCUUUUCGAUGGAAUCCUAGUAUAUGUACUGGAUAAUUAUCUUGACAGUUAUCUUGGUCAUAAUUACCCUAAUAACAACUCUGUCAGUGUUGUGGAUUUUCUUGUGUCAUUCCUAGCUUGGAGAAUGCUUGUGAAAGUAAAGUACAGAGAAAAGCAGAAAUAUGUCAAGGUUACUAACAGUGAUGGGACCUGUGACUACCAGCAGUUCCACCAAGCAGUCGUAGAAAAAUUUGGACUGCCUCCUGACGCUGAGGUCAUUUACAAAGAUUCUUCUGGAACAGAAGUGGACCCGGACAUCUUUUCUGAACUGUUGGAGAAGGGGGAGGAUUUGUUCAAGGUGUAUGUGAAUGAUGAUUUAGAUUUAGAGGAUAUGUCAGUGUCUUCUGAAGCAUCAUACCCCUCAGAUGCCUCCACUGUUAUAUUGGAUGACAGUCCGUGUGAGACUCCAAACAAGAAAAUUAGAAGGGAUGACCAGAGUCAUAGAGAAGCAGUCAAAAAUAUGGUCAAUGAAGUUCUUCAAAGAAAGCCAGGGGGGGAGAAGAUUUUUCAAGAGUACACUAAAACAAAGUCACUGUCAGAUGGAACCAGGAGACAGCUUGUGAAUAUCUUGGUUGCUGACAUGGUGGAGGUGCAUGGACGGAUCCCUUCCCAAGCUGUUCGAGUGAAGUAUGCCCAAGGCAUUGUGGCCUUGUUCCCAUAUCUUGAGGACCCAUUGUCGAAGCAUGGAUAUGAACACUUUUAUGAUGCAGCAUCAGGCUCUGGGUACAUUGCAUGGCGUCUUAAGACUGUACAACGAAGCCUAUCUGAUGGCUCAAGGUCUCGGGUAGCAGUGGAACAAUGCAAUGGUGGUCCAAAGGCUGCAAGAGACUCGGUUUCUACCAUACAACAGUUGACUGAUCGAGAUUGCGAAGAGGCAAUAUCUAUGAUGAAUCAUUCUUCCGAUGAAGCACUGGUUAUGGAGAAAAUGAAGGCCACUUUUGAACACAGACAGAAACUUGUCCGUGAUCCUGACAAGUCAGUAGAUGUUCUGGACACCUUCCCAAGAUUUCUUGACAUACCUGGCCUUAUUGAGCAGGACUUUCUGAUGCUUUUUGGAGAGGAGGCAUCAGGGAAGUUCUUAGCCAGAUGGCCAACGUUUUUCAGACCACACAUCACUGAAGAUGCUAAGGGGCUAGUACCAACUCUACAUGUUGAGGAGCUCCUUAGCUCUGCACAAGGAAAUGAUGGUGGAUGGGACCGUGACAUUGCUUCACUGUGCUUGCUGCUGCAUCUCAUUCCUCCAACAUCUAAGGGCCACAAGAAGUCUGCGAAAAUCAGUGCCCUCCAAGCAGAGGACUACUUGGUGAGGUAUCUGCAGGUUGGUGCAAGCAUUCAAAUCUUCUUGACCAAUCUCGAACCGUCUCAGCCCUUUCUGCUCUGCAUUGGCGAACAGAAGAACAAGAUACAGAAGUUCUACAUCAUCGUGGAUAGCAAGGCAAUUCCAUGCAGAGCACAGACAUCAGUAGCAGCAUUUGACGAGCUGUUCAAAACACACUUUGUUUUUGGAACGUCAUAUAGUGAGGCCCUUGAUGGUUUUUACACUUUCAUACAAACAGCUGUGUACAACAUCGAUGUUGGUAUGGUCAGAGAAAAGCCAAGAGUGAGGGAACUUAGGGCCAGGUUUCUAAAUUUGAAGAAGUAAUAGUACAUAAGUUAUGUUUACUUGUUUUGUUUGCAAAAACGUACAUUCAAAUACAUAUUCAAUUUGCCGCCAUUUAAAGUUUCAUCAUGGCCUAUAUCCAGGAAAAUAUUUGCGUCUUAAUUGUGCAGAGGGUGGAUGCACAUCAGUGUUCGGAACUUACUCUGGCUUUAAAAAGCAUUUAGUUCAGAUUCAUGGAAAUAAAGUUUCUUUCAGUUCCUGUCAAAUAGAUGGUGGGAGAAACGAGAGUGAGGGUCUCUCUGAGUCGGACAGUGGAUGUGAUCGUCAUGAUGGAGUUCUGCACACCUUUGACAAUGAUCUAGCUGUAUGUAAUGAGGAUGAAAGUGGAAGUUUGAUAAAGCAGGGCUCUUCUGGGGGUGAGAUUAACUUGAAUGAUAUGUGUGGGUCUUUAGUUGCACAGUUUCAAGCUAAAAUGGUAGCUCAUAGCACUGUUCAGGCAGUAGUUGAGGCAGUUGAGGAAUUGGUUGAAGACAUACAAACAAAAACAAAGGAGACCAUUCUUAGUAAUAUUCCAUCAGAGCUUUGUGAGACAGUUGAGAGAUGUUUCCGUUCAAUUGAAAAUCCAUUGACAAAAUUCAAUACAGAAGCUAAAAGACAAAGAUACUAUACAGACAAGUGGAAAAUUGUGCAACCAGUAGAAUAUGUCCUAGGUGUUAGAUUUGAUGUUAGACGUGACAAAAAAACUGGGAUGUACAGUCAGGUUCCUGUUACUGAUAAGUGUAUAUAUGUCCCAGUCCUAAAAACGAUUCAGUCUAUGUUCAGUAACCAAGAAAUACUAAAGGCCUUUCAGCAGAUCAAAGAAAACAAAGAUUGCUUUUAUGAAGAUAUUUGUGAUGGUGAACAUGUGAAAAGUAACCGAUUAUUUGCUUUUGAGAAGAGUGCUUUACAGCUUCAGCUAUACUAUGACGAUUUCGAAACAGCUAAUCCCUUGGGGUCCAAAAAAGGGAUCCACAAACUUGGUUGCAUGUAUUUUAUUUUGAGAAAUCUUCCUCCUAAAUUUAACUCUGUAUUAAUGAACAUUCAACUACUUUUGCUUUUUCACACGGAUGACAUUAAAAAGUAUGGUUUUGAUGCUAUUCUGAAACCUUUAGUCGAUGAUUUGAAACGUCUGGAAACAGAUGGUGUACCUACCCCAGUAUCUGAUAGCCCAUUAAGAGGGAGUGUUGUGCAGAUCACUGGAGACAACCUUGCACUUCAUAGUAUACUGGGCUACGUUGAAUCAUUCAGUGCCACAUACUGCUGUCGUUUUUGUUUAGCCGAGAAGGAAGCUUUUCAGAGGAUCUUUUCUGAAGAUCAACCUGGCAUUGUGUUUCGUUCUAAAGAACUUCACUCUCAACACUGCAGCAGUUUAAGGGAAAAUCCACAGUUAUUGUCAAGUUUUGGUCUGAAGAGAGAUUGUUUGUUUAAUAGACUUACCUAUUACCAUUCUUGUGAGAACUUUGCUGUGGACAUCAUGCAUGAUGUCCUAGAGGGUGUGGCCCAGUAUGAACUAAAACUUGUUUAUCAGCAUUUGGUUGAUACCAAAACAAUUACGCUAACUGAUUUGUGUGAACGGAUUCAUGCUUUCAAUUAUGGAUACCUGGAAAGAAAAAAUCGACCAACUGCUUUGAAAAUGGAUGAUAGCAAAGAUCUUGGUCUAAAUGCAUGUCAAGCAUGGUGUUUAUUGCGCAACACACCUCUCAUAUUUGGAGAUCUCUUUGAAAGUACAAGUUCUGUAUGGCACUUAUUUUUACUUCUGUUACAAAUUGUAUAUAUUGUGUUCUCCCCUCGUGUAACUGAAGGCAUGGCUUGUUUUCUAAAGCAUUUAAUUUCAGAGCACCAUAGCCUUUUCAAGACUGUAUUCCCAAGCAAACGACUCAUACCCAAGCACCAUUUUUUAGUUCACUAUCCCCGUUGUAUUAGAAAAAUAGGCCCCCUCCUUCAUGUUUGGUGUAUGAGGUUCGAGGCUAAGCAUAAUUUUUUCAAACGCUCCGUUAAGAACUUCAAAAAUGUAACCAAAACUAUGGUGAAGGCACAUCAGUCACAGAUGGCCUUUUACUGGGAAACAUUUAAUUUUGAAAGAUUUGAGCAUGGACCAAUACAUAUUGAAGUGGUUUCUAAUUUGGAGGGAUAUGAAGUUAUAUGUCAGUGUCUUAAUAUCAGCUCACAAUAUGAUGCCCAUACAACUAGCUGGGUAAAAUAUUUUGGAAGUGAGUAUCAUUUGAGUUUAUUUGUGUGCUGUGGCGUUC